UGGUGCACUUCACAAAGUCAAGACAAGCUCCAUACCAAAGAGAAGGUCAAGCUCUUUGUGCCCAGCUUAGGUGAUGAGCAAGCAAAUUGGCUGCAACAUAGUGCCUACGGCUGGUGGUGGCACCUUCUGGAGCUGGGGCGUAAUCGCUGCAGGAACAAAGAGGGGACGAAUUAGAAAUUUAGAAAUCUUUUGAAUUAGAACCACAAUUUCUAGGGCAAUGGCCAGAGCUAGUCUAUCAUGGAGCACUCUGCUUCCUGUCGUGUUGCUUUUGCUGGUUCUUUGCUUCGCCACGUCGUCAGAAGAACAUGAACAAAACGAGGGUGGGCGUCUAGUGGCGAUCCGCUCUUCAGAUGGUUCAAGUAGAAAGCUCAACAUCCUGGUGGUUACAUUCCAUGUCAAUGGUCACGUGAUGCCACUGAUAAGCCUAGGAAACGAGCUCCAAUCACGUGGCCAUAACGUUACAAUUGCUGCAAAUAGUAUCGAAGGUGAUCGAAACCCCGAGAAAGUGGUCAAAGAAUCGGGUCUCAGUUUCUUUGAAGCAGGCAACUUGCACAAAACAAAAGUUGAGCUAGAGAAACUGCUGGAAGAACUGGCAGAGAAUCCGGUUAACCUUUUGGCUGCUUUCCGGAUGUUUGCUAGGAUGGAGGUUGAUCUGUUCCAAGUGCUGGAUCCUCUCUUUGAGGUUGGGAGGGCUUUUGGAGGUACAGACAUCAUCAUUGCGGAUGGAAUGACCCAGACAGGAGUCUGGUUGGCACAAAAGUUUGAUCUGCCGGUGGUCAUCAAUGAUCCUCACUCCUUUGCUGCCAAACUGCCUCCCUCUUUGAUCUACCCCGUCUUCCCCUCCGGCUUUGACGCGCGCAUGCCCUUCCUCAAGCGUCUGGGAAACAGCAUCUUCUUCGUAGUGGGGAAGGGACUUGGCGCCUACAAGGACAGCCAGGUACAGAAGCUAGUCAAGGAGCGGGGCAUCAUGGAACCUCCAGGGUACAAGUUUCUGAGCGCAAGCGUUGGGGACAGAUAUGUUGCUGAGCCAGUGCUCGUGAACACUGUGCCUGGCCUGGACUUUCCUAGGGAGGCGGGGCCGAACCAGUUUUUCGUGGGUCCGCUCGUCUCCUCCACGAUCCAGCCGGUCUCUCAGAAUAUUGCCACGUGGCUCAAGGCCCGGGAGUCCAACCAAGAUCCGACGGUCCUCGUCAGCUUUGGCAGCUCGGCCUACCUGAACGACGCGCAGGGCCGGACGUUCCUGCGGGGCCUUAUCGACGCCGGCGUGCAUGCGAUCUGGCCGUGCAGGCCCGGCAAUCGCGGCUUCCUUGAAGGUGUGGAAGUGCCGGAGCGCAUUCGCAUCGAGGAGUGGGUUCCGCAGCAGGCGAUCCUGAACCACAGCGCGGUCAGCGGCUACGUGGGCCACUGCGGAACUGGCGGGACGCACCAAACGCUGGCGUUUGGGAAGCCGGUUGUGUGCAUACCGUUCAUGGCUGACCACUUCGAGACGGCGGCGCGGAUCCGUGCUUCAGGGGCCGGGCGCUCGAUCGACUUGCAGACGUUGACCAGCGGCGAUGCCGCAACCGUGACCGAGGCGAUCCGGAGCAUCACGUCUAAGGACAGCCCUUGCCGUAUAGCCGCUGAGCGGGUCGCCGCGCUGAUGCGAGUGUACGGCGGGGUGACGUCAGCCGCUGACGUCGUUGAAUACAUUGCCGCCUUUGGGUAUGAUCACCUGAAGAUAGCGAGCUGGGAGAUGGGGUGGUUCGCGCGCACUAGCUUCGACGUGCUUGCAUUCUGGGCCGCUGCGCUAGGUUUGGUUGCGCUUCUUGGCAGCUUCGCGCUCCGUAGGUUCGUCACUGCGAUCGCUCCAGCAAGAAAGCAGAAGGCGGCGUGAUAUAUGCGAAGCGGUCAAAGCUUUCUCGGGUCCUCCGUGUCAAAUGUAACUUGUUCUAUGGAUCUGCAAGCGGAACCUAACGAGAUCUGGACCUACUUUCCUUACGCAAGCGAGAUACUGCAAGCGAGACACAGCAAGCGAGACACAGCAAGCGAGGUACUUUUACCAUAGCUCAGUGAGCGGGACUAUUGAAGUUCUAUUUGUAAUCAAGCGAGCCACAGCAAGCAAGCAACCAUUACCUGAGCUCAAUGCGCGGAAUGUCUGGAAAGUUCUAGAAGACAUGUACUAGCCGCAAGCUGUAGAUUCUUGAGAAACCUGUACUAGCCGCUAGCUGUAGGUAGGAUGUUGAUUUGUGAGAAUAUACUGCCUCGAACCUCGAAUCACUGCAUACAAACCAGCAGCUGUCCGAUCAACUGCACUGACCUCUGAUGCCGGCUGAGUUUGGCGCGGCAUGGCGUCAUUCAUAAAAAAUUUACCUCGAAAGGCGGCCGAGCAUCCGACUGGUCCCUUUUGCACUUAGGGUCCGCUAUGGGGGAAUGCAAGCCUGUCACGUCGUAAUGGUCAACGGUAGAAUCCAAUAAUUACAAGGAUCUGGCAG